CGAGGAAGGCGCGAGCCUGAGGAGGAAGGAGCGCGGCCAGCGCGCAGGCCCAGAACCACCCGAGACGCGGCUGCCGGCUACGCCUCUGAGCGGAAGAGGGAAGUGGAGCCGCCAGUCUGCGGCUUCCAGCUGGGGCUGGGUUUGCUAAGGUCGAGGGAGCGUCGAGAGGAGGCCUCGGCCACCGGUCCGGAGCGGGGAUGUCGAAGAACACGGUGUCGUCGGCCCGGUUCCGGAAGGUGGACGUGGAUGAGUACGACGAGAACAAGUUCGUGGACGAGGAAGACGGGGGCGACGGGCAGGCCGGGCCCGACGAGGGCGAGGUGGACUCCUGCCUGCGGCAAUAUCCUUCAGUUCGCUGGCCUCCGCGCCCCACCCGACCCGGCCCCUCUUCCGGGACCCCGCUGCGGGCAGGGCGUGAGGGCGGGGACCCCCGCCUCCGUGGGCUCCCUGUCAACCAGUGGUUCCUGGGAGUUACAGUGCUUUCCUGUGGGCUGCCCUUUGCCGCUAUCCCCUUAACCUCCAUCACAGGGAACAUGACAGCUGCCCUACAGGCAGCUCUGAAAAACCCCCCCAUCAACACCAAGAGCCAGGCAGUGAAGGAUCGAGCAGGCAGCAUUGUCUUGAAGGUGCUCAUCUCUUUUAAAGCUAACGAUAUUGAAAAAGCAGUUCAAUCCCUGGACAAGAAUGGUGUGGAUCUCCUAAUGAAGUAUAUUUAUAAAGGCUUUGAGAGUCCCUCUGACAAUAGCAGUGCUGUGUUAUUGCAGUGGCAUGAAAAGGCGCUUGCUGCUGGAGGAGUGGGGUCCAUCGUUCGAGUCUUGACUGCAAGGAAAACCGUGUAGUCCGGCGGGAACUGGAUUUCUCCCAUGGGGUGGGAGUUGCUGGUACCAAGACCAAAACAACCAAAUGCCACCGCUGUCCCGCGGGCAGCAUCUGUUCCUCUCAGCUUUGCCUUCUUGCUUCCUUUUCAUAUCUAUACAGAAGAAAAUUACAUACAUAUCAGUUUUCCCUAAAUGAAAAUUGGGAUGAGAUAAAAGAAAUAUUUCAACAGGAGUGUGUCAUGAUCUCAGAAUGAUUUCAGUGCCAUGGAUACCAGUCUGUACAUAGCAUAAUUUACACUCAACUUUAAUUGUGCAGUUGUUCCCCUGUUGGCUGGGUUUUCCUUUGUUUGUUGUUUGUUUUUGGGGAGGGGUUUUUUGGCUUUGACUAAUAGUGAGAAAUUUGAUCAGAAUUGCAGGCCAGUUUCUUAACUCACUGCUAGCCAGGAAAUGAUCUAUAUAUAUUAAAAAAAAAAAUGUUUGAGAGACUGUCAGCUAUUAACAUUGCAAAACUGGACCAAACUUCACUUAUUUAAACGAAAUGUGUUUCUGGAACAAGUGGUGGCUGAACACCAUGACCAAGUCCAGCUGUGUUUCUGCUUCCCUCCAAGUGAUGUGCGUUUAAGUCAUCUUCUUCCUCUCCACAUCCAGUAAUCGUGGCCUCUUGAUUUCUGUGUGGUCACCCAGGGUACAGAGCAACGAAUCUUGCUCUACACAAUGUAUAACAUGCCAGAGCCUGUUUGGCACGAGCAUAAACUUUGUUUUCCAAUAAUAUGACCCUAUUUGGGGAAACUACUCCAAAUCAGAAAAGAUGUGGAAACUAUGAUGUAGUUCGAACUCUGGGCAGCCUCUGAAUGAAGAGAUAUUUUCUUUAGACUUACAGUAGCUGCCUUUGACAUCAUGAGGUAUAUAACUAGUAUUUAAUAUGUCCUAUAAAUGUCUUCUUCAGUGUUCUUCAGGGUAAUUGGGACCUCAAAGGAUUUGGUUCAUAUCCAAACACAUACACAGUCUGUAUUUUAGGUCAGUGUUUUUUAAAAAAACAAAAUACCACACAUCGAAAAGUGUUUACUUUGUUGGACAAACCAAAUGGAUUCUCAAAAAAUGACCGGUGCUUAUGAAAAAUUAUUAUUAUUCAGUAGCUCUAAAACAAACCACCUGAAUGCUUAUGACCAAGCAGGAAAUCAGAGUGUAUCUAGUAUUUACAUCUGACACCAGUUUCAUAACCACUGACCUGUGUGAAAACUGGUGCAGAAAUUCUGUAAACUCUUUGCUGUUUUUGAUACCUGCUUUUUGUUCUGUUUUGUAAAAAUGAUAAUCUUCAGAAAAUAAAUUGUCAGUGUUGAAUAAUUUA